CUGCCUCCUAAUCUGCUGCUCGGGUGCAGCAUUGUCAUGAAGAGCCCUUGGCGUGCAGGCUGCUGCAUUUUGGGGCACCCUUUGAUUUUUUUUAAGGUGCCGGUCCCGGUAUUUCCACCUAGUUUCAGAUUGAUUUAUAGCCUGCAGUCCCGAGUGGGGAAGACCCAGCGAUGGCAAGUCGCUUAUUUUCAUUAGUUUUGGCUCAAAACCGCUAGAAGCAUCAUCUGCCAGCAGUCUUCAGUUCUCGUGGUGAUGGAGGCCCCUCUGUCCUUUCUGUGACUGGAGCAAUGCUGACCUCGGUUUCCUGGACCCAUUCUGACUCAGGAGCCUUCACGUAAAUGGGUCCAGUCAUGCCUCCCAGUAAGAAGCCAGAAAGCUCAGGAAUUAGUGUCUCCAGUGGACUGAGUCCAUGUUACCGGGGUAGCUCUUUGUCCAAGGCUCUUCAGGAAGACGAUGACCUCGACUUUCCUUUGCCUGAUAUCCGAUUAGAAGAGGGGGCCAUGGAAGAUGAAGAGCUGACCAACCUGAACUGGCUGCACGAGAGCAAGAACCUGCUGAAGAGCUUCGGGGAGUCGGUCCUCAGGAGCGUCAGCCCCGUCCAGGACCUGGACGAUGACACCCCUCCAUCCCCUGCCCACUCGGACAUGCCCUAUGAUGCCAGGCAGAACCCCAACUGUAAACCCCCCUAUUCCUUUAGCUGCCUCAUAUUUAUGGCCAUCGAGGACUCCCCGACGAAGCGCCUGCCAGUGAAGGAAAUCUACAACUGGAUCUUGGAACAUUUUCCAUACUUUGCAAAUGCACCUACUGGGUGGAAAAACUCAGUGAGACAUAAUUUGUCAUUGAAUAAGUGUUUUAAGAAAGUGGACAAAGAGAGGAGUCAGAGUAUUGGGAAAGGGUCAUUGUGGUGCAUAGACCCAGAGUAUAGACAAAAUCUAAUUCAGGCUUUGAAAAAGACACCUUACCACCCAUACUCACACGUGUUCAAUACACCUCCAACCUCUCCUCAGGCAUAUCAAAGCACAUCAGGUCCACCCAUCUGGCCGGGCAGCACCUUCUUUAAGAGAAACGGAGCCCUUCUGCAAGAUCCUGACAUUGAUGCUGCCACUGCCAUGAUGCUUUUGAAUACUCCCCCUGAGAUACAAGCAGGUUUUCCUCCAGGAGUGAUCCAGAAUGGAGCACGGGUUCUGAGCCGAGGGAUGUUUCCCGGCGUCCGGCCGUUGCCAAUCACUCCCAUUGGAAUGACAGCAGCCAUGAGGAACGGCAUCACCAGCUGCCGGAUGCGGACUGAGAGCGAGCCGUCGUGCGGCUCCCCAGUGGUCAGCGGCGACCCCAAGGAGGAUCACAACUACAGCAGUGCCAAAUCCUCCAAUGCCCGGAGCUCCUCCCCAGCCAGCGACUCCAUCUCCUCCUCCUCGGCCGACGACCACUACGAGUUCGCCACCAAGGGCAGCCAGGAGGGCAGCGAAGGCAGCGAGGGGAGCUUCCAAAGCCAUGAGAGCCACAGCGACACGGAGGAGGACGACAGGAAACACAGCCAGAAGGAGGCCAAGGAUGCCCUGGGAGACAGCGGCUACGCGUCCCAGCACAGGAAGCGGCAGCACCUGGCCAAGGCGAGGAAGGUCGCCAGCGACACGCUGCCCCUCAAGAAGAGACGCACGGAAAAGCCGCCUGAGAGCGACGACGAGGAGGUGAAGGAGGCGGCGGGGUCGCUCCUGCACUUGGCGGGGAUCCGGUCCUGUCUGAAUAACAUCACCAAUCGGACGGCAAAGGGGCAGAAAGAGCAAAAGGAAACCCCAAAAAAUUAAAAACAAGUCACCGAUUUGUUUUGAACUUCCGGCCAUUUGGUUUCAGCAUGUCAGGAGAUUUCUAAUGAUUUGUGGCAAUAUCAGCAAUUUAUUAAUUUUUUUUUUUUCUUUCUUGGUUUGGUUUUCUUUUCUUUCUUUUUUUUUUUUUUUUAAUUUGCCCCUCUCCUUUGUUUUUGGACCCUUAAGAAUUUUAUUUUUAAAGGAGAUUGAAGCCAUAGAACUCAUAUUGACACUCAGCUGUUUUACAAAAAGCUUUUCAUUCUCUGAAGACAAAACCGAAAAAGCCAAAAUGACCGUUGCUUCCUCCAGCUUGUCAGAAACACGUGGCUGAACCCGCAGGGAUGUCACCAUUAAUGCCACGGGAGACACAUCAGCACCUAGAAGGCACGUGUGGAAGGUAGUCAUUGUUCAGGCCCAACCCUUAGGUUUAAAACGUCCCUGAGUGAAUGUGCAGGAAGUGACUGGGAGCAGGAGAAGCCCCUUGUCCCCCUAGGAGCAGGCCCCAGCUAGUGGCACUAGGCGUCAAAUUGUGCCAGGAAGGCCUUUGGUCGGGAGUCGGCCGCCAGUCCCCUGUGCUUCUUACGAGGUGGACACUGGACUGUUGAUACGCGUCAGGUGUCAGCAAGUCAUGAGAAGAAAACGGGGUAAAUUUUUAGUGAUGUUGCUAAUCAUUGAAUUCUGUUCUAUAUUAAGAAAAUGUUCUAGAAGCCAUAAGCCUGAAGGUUGGCCCUGCACACACACACACACACACACAAGCACGCACACACAUGAGAGAGAAAACUGAUGCAGAAAACAAGCUAUGUCUUCUUAACUGCCCAAGUGAAAAGCAAUCAAAUCCAAGAAAUUGUAAUCACUGUUAAGGAAGGAGAUAACGGUGCAGAUAUUUUUCUGUCUAUCAAAAGUAUUUGAUCCAAGUGGGGGGAAAAAAAAAGAAAGAAAAGGAAACAAAAAGCUACAGAACCUGCCAUUAGUAUUAUGGUGUGUUUUUAAAAAGGUUAAAGGCACAUUGAUGGACAAAAAAGGUAAAAUAUGACAAAAAAUAAAUAAAAAUAAACUCCUAUACUGCCCUCAACACGGAGUUCACAAUCAGUGUCAGGCAGGAUUCAUCAUUGUGAAAAUCAGUGAUUUCCACAUUCAGCCAUUGUAGCCAGCAGAAAUUUCUGACCCACAGUGCAUGGAUUCCUUUGAAAAGAAAAAAGAAAAAAAAAAAAUCAGAAAAACACAAACUUUUUUUUUAUUCAGAAAUAACAAAGUUCUUGUAAGGUAAAUAA